CUCAUUUACAGCAGAUAUGCGCCUUAUUUGAGACCACUAAAGACUGUAUUCGCAUUGUAGAUGAUUGACAUGAGCAGAUAUCACUGCAGUGAAGUUUGCCAAAACUUCUCGCGUGCGUAAACUGUGGAAACCAGAUUUCGAGCCAAAGAAAUGAUGAUUAAUAUUUGUUAUUAACACGGGCCUACAGUUUACCGACUCGUCUCAUUCAGUUUCCAACGUCCGUAGGACGUGCGUGUGCUGUCGUUCUCGUUUCGAUUUGCGCACUUCCGUAGAUAUAAAUACAGCGUGCGUUUAUUUGAGUUUGGGACUUUCUGAUUUGGCGUAAACAUCGUGUAAGGCGAACAAAAUGAAGUGGGAACUAUCGUACAUCGUGCUGGUACUCGUGUUGUAUGUGGAGUGUAAGUGGAGGCCAGAGUAUUCUGAGGACCAUAAGAGAUGGCACCGGAGGGAGUCCGCCAAUGACGUCUCCACCAGGCGGCCGUACCACGUGGCUGACCCUCCAGACCACACCAAGUUGAUCCCUAUGGCCAGAUACGUGCUUCAUAACACCAACUGGGCGUCCAUAGCGACGAUUUCGGUUCUUCCCGCCAUCGAAGGAUUCCCGUUCUCGAAUGUGAAGUCGAUCGUCGACGGCUCCCUGGCCAACUCCACCGGCAUUCCUUAUUUCUACAUGUCGCCUUUGGACUUCACCGCCAAGGAUUUAACGAAAAACAGUCGCGCUACAGUAUUAGUGUCUUUGGAGGAGACCAACUACUGCGAACAGAAGGGAAUGGACCCUGAGGACCCGCGGUGCACCAGGCUCAUGCUGUCAGGGAAAAUGAAGAAGGUCAAAGAGGGCACCCCUGAGUACACGUUCGCGAAAGCCGCUUUGUUCGAGAGGCACCCGGCUAUGGCUAACUUCCCUCCAGACCACAACUGGUUCGUGGCCAAGCUGAAGAUCGCUCAGAUCGCAAUGAUCGACUGGUUCGGAGGCGCCAAGUACAUCCCCGUGAAAGACUAUCUCGCCUACAACUACACCGGACUAGAGAUGCUUCAACACGCGAAAAACACUCAUAACAGUGACGUCACUUAGAGUAGUGACUAGUAAAUAACAAUAGUUAAAGCUAGUUAAAUGUCGAACAAUAUUUGGCCGCCAUUUUUUAUUAGUAGGAUAGGGAAAAUGUUGAUUUUUAACCGAAAAUAUUUUGGUAGAAAGAUGUUUUGAAAUUCAAAAAACUACGAAGAUUCGUAGAGUACAGAUCUGACAGUUUUUGAAGAAAUAGUAUGAAGAAAAUACCGCCUGCAGGUUAUUAAUAUUCACAUGUUUUUUGUUUGUAAAACUAUGUAAUAACAUAAGUCGGGUCAAUCAAUAUUAUGAUUUGAUAAUGUAACCAGAUUAAAUACCUACUCGUCAAAUCAACUCCAGUGAGAAACUGAAUUAUUGUGAUACAACUUUAAUAAACAUUAUUUUAUUACAAACAUUAA